GUGAAAACUAUUCGCUAAUGGUACAUUGUACUGGUAGUAGAGAAACAAAUAAUACGGAUAUAAACCCUAAUAACCCACAUUAUAAGCUGAAAUCCAAACGAAAAUCCGGCUUGCCUAUUUCCAUUCAUUUGGUCAACCCGGUGUAUUGGUUGCUGCCGUACUUGAAAGAUGUGCCUAAAUGCUGCCACAACGCUUGUGUCUUUGAUCAAGACAACGUUACAGAAGACACCGACGUCGUGCUUGUCAUGGGCUUCCACCUGAAGGAAUGGCAGAGGCCAACACAAAGAUGGCCGGGUCAGCUGUACGUGUUGAUGGAUACAGAGCCACCAGCAAAUUUACCAAGCGCUUUGUGGAAUGCUACUUCAAAUUGGAGAUACGCUUUCAACCUGACAGCCCAUUACCGAGUCGAUGCAGACAUUUUUCUGCCAUACCAGUUUAUCAAAAGUGUUUCUCUUGUCAAGCAGCAAAAUUACUUGGAACUAGCGAAAGGAAAGAACAAGACAGUUUUAUGGAUUGUAAGCCAUUGUAAAACUCAAUCUAGGCGUGAACGUUAUGUUUCAGAAAUGCAAAAAUACAUCGAUGUGGAUAUAUUUGGUCGUUGCAGCAACAUAAGUAUUUGCCGAGGGACAAACGUAAACAUACCAGUUGUUAGAGGUGGCGCUAACUAUGCACAAAGUAUACCUGGUGGUACAUUUAUUGAUGCAAACAACUUUGAGUCGCCUAAAGAUUUGGCUAUUUAUCUUAGAAAUUUGAGUGCAGAUUUAGAUGGGUAUAGCACCUUUCUUAGGAAUAAAGAUCAAUACCAGUUUGUAAAAACUCCAAAUGUUUACUGUUCUGUUUGUAACAAGAUUAGGGAUGAAAUUGUGAAACCCAAAAUAUACGAUGUUAAAGCAUGGCUUGAGGAACAAUGUCAUGGACCUAAACCUUUUGAGAUUCUGAAAUAA